CAACAUGAAGAAAAAAAGACCCCCCCCCCCCCUUAUCCAGUAGUAGCAAGAACAUCAGAAAGGAUGAUGAGCCUCUCCAUUGCCACUCCUCCUUCAAGUGUCACUGUCACCUUUGCUUCCAAGAUAAACCUCUCAAAAUCCUCUUUCCAUGGCGUUCGAAUUGCUCAAGUCUGCCCAAUUCAUGCUCGAACCGCCUACUCUAUGACGACAAUUCGCUCUUCUUCGUCAAUGGUGGUGAAAAUGGCAAAGAGAGAAGAGGAAUUGAAGGAAAUUCGAACAAAAACUACUGAGGAGCUUCAGGAAGAGAUUGUGGAUCUUAAAGGAGAGCUUUUCAUGCUUCGUCUUCAAAGAUCAGCUCGGAACGAGUUUAAGUCAAGCGAGUUUCUUCGAAUGCGCAAAAUGAUUGCUCGAAUGCUUACUGUUAAACGGGAGCGUGAGCUGGAAGAAGGAAUUAACAAAAGGAUAUCUAGGAAGCUUGAUCGGAAAUGGAAGAAAAGCAUUGUCCCUAGACCCCCUCCUUCUUUGAAGAAAUUGCGAGAGGAAGAGGCAGCUGAAGAGGCUAAGGAAUCUGCCUGAUUUUAACACCUUUUCAUUGGUAACUGUUAUAUUUUCAUCUCUCUUGUUUUCUCAUUUGGUGCUUCCUUUCAGGUCAAAAAGUACAAGGUGAUUCUUUUUUUUUUGUGUGUGUAAGGCUAUUUGUUUUGCAGAUGAUUAUUCUCUGCAUGUAUUUUUUAAUCUUCGAUAUGGUGCCAUUUCUCUUCCAGAUAAAAUUGUGUUGCAAUGGUAAAUCAUAUUGUCUUAUUUGAUAGGGUAGCUAAUGUUAUGAUUCUUUUCCUGUUGUUAUUGUUGGUGAAAUAGACUAAUUUAAGUGAUAGAGGUUGCUUUCUUUAAGAGUUGAGCAUACAGUAUAUUCUAAAGAGGGUAUUGAAUGCCAAAUUUUGCUGGAAGACUGAAACCUAUACCUAAAACUAGAAGGCUGCUGUAUAUUUUAGAUGCAUAUCAAAAUAGAGCCAUAGUUGAGGCUACUUUUGAUGGUCAUGGAAAAGCUUCUUUCAAUUAUCGGAAACCUCUCUACCUCCCAAGGUAGGGUAAGGUCUACAUACACGCUACCCUCUCCAAACCCGUUUGUGGGAUUACACUGGGUAUGUUGUUGUUGUACAGGUAUAUAUCCUGUUUCCCGACCGUUUGCUCCCAGAAAUUGAUUUUGAUUUGUAGUUCUGGUGUAAGUUUCAUUGUUGUCGGUUAAUAUGCAGAUAAUUCUUUGCAUUAUUUUUGGAUUAUUGAAUAAGAUGCCCAUGGGUUUUAAUGUUAAUCUCAAUCUCAUUUUACUUAGAUAUAGUAUAGCUACUUCCUGGAACAAUACGCUCCAGGUGGAAUGCAAAUGUAUCAGUAACUAAUGAACACCCUUUGUUUAUCAUUCUCAAACUGCUAAUGAACACCCUUUGCUCCCUCUCCUCCUCAUUUGGUUCUCCAAUAUUUGGCAGACAAGUUUACUGAAUUUAAUACCGUGUUAAUGCUUCUCUUUAAUGCUGAUAUCCAUAAACUAAUCGCCGAAUAGUGUGAAACCAUUUAAUACAAUGCAGAACGCGGUGGUGUUUGUUGGUAUACUGACAACUGCUUCAUGAAGAUGCAUUAAUUUAAUGAUGUUUAUCCUUAAUAAAGUCAAAUCUUCAACCACUGUAACUCCAAAUGCCUCAGUUGGGCGUUGAGAGAUGGUUGUUUGGGUCAUCUCACCAAGAGCAAGGUGGUGGACCUGCCAUAUUGGACAUGCCCAAGUUCUUGAUAAUCACAACCAGAUUGUGAAUAUUGAACAAGAAACGUCAAUAAUCAAGUAUUAAAUUAUAAGCAUUUAUCAAGAUGUAAUUUAUUUUCUUAGGUAGUAUUGCAUUGUGAGUUCAUGGCUCAUGAUUAUGACAACUGAUAUAGCAUAAGUAUGGUAGUUCCAAGCAUCUAAAAAACAAAAUAGGGUGGUAGUUUACCAAGAUACUAA